AAUAUCGUAGUGUUUCUAUGGAAACAUUGAUAAAAAGCUUUCUUGAGGCAGUUAGUCUGUUUUAAUGGCAAACGAGUUAAUAGUACGGGCAUUGAAAGCCAACGCUAAGAAAAUUAAUUUAAGCUCCAGAAACAUAGAUACGCUUCCUAAAUCGUUUUCAAGGUUAACGUGGGUUUUGGCUCUACAAUUAAACAACAACUCUCUUGCGAGUUUGCCUCCUGAAUUGCAGUCUCUACGACAAUUGGCAGAACUUAAUCUGGGGAAUAAUGAUUUUGAGGACAUUCCAGCAGUGCUAAAGCGUCUGAACAGUCUGAAAAAACUAUAUUUGUUUGGAAAUAAAAUUUCCAGUUUGCAUCCAGAUAUUUUAGAAGGCCUACCAAACCUAAGGGUCCUUAACCUGAAUCACAACAAAAUCUCACACAUUCCUUCAGAAAUACAGAGACUUUGUAAUUUGGAAAUUAUCAGUCUUUCGGAUAAUCAGUUGAAAGAGAUUCCUGCAGAAUUGGGAUUGCUUAAGAAGUUGACUGAGAUCAAUUUGAACAAUAACAAGCUGACAGAAAUACCUCAGCAGCUGUAUAAUUUAACGCAAUUGAGGAAAUUGCACUUAGCAAGGAACAACCUUACAGACCUACCAGAGGGUGUCCAUGGACUGAAAAAUUUGAAGAUCUUAGAUGUUGCUGGUAACCAACUAUCAAUGUUUCCAACUGGUUUCCAGUUUCUUGCCUUAGAGGUGUUGCUCUUUGAGGCAAACAACUUGGUUAAGCUUGAGCUUUUGGAGUCUACUCAAGAGCUGGAGGUUCUUUCAUUAAAGGAGCACGCUGCCAGGCUUGUCCUGAAGGAAAACUUGAAUAAGUUGUCAGUGGUGUCCCGGGCUCUGCCCCUUUACCCGGCCCUGUAGAGCAUGCUCUCGCGCUGGAGCAGUUGUGCCCUGUGCCUCCAGCCCUUUCUCACCACCUGGGUGGAGUGUGUGCAGUUCAUCAACCUCCAGAAGGAUAUGGGAAUAAAAAGAUCACAAAAUAUUCCAGUUCGAGUCCUGUUAUGCUCAUACUCCUGCUUCAACAAGAGUGGACACUCUUACUAUGGGGUUGCUAAAAUCUAACCAUUACAAUGAUGUGCUUUCUUGCUCUUUUCUUUAUAAUUUUUGUAAUGGUUUCUGUCUUUCUACAGUGGUUAUCACAGUGCUUUUGCUGAUUUUACCAUUCAAACAAAAAAUAUUGCUAAUGUUUUUGACAUUCAGUUUGCUUAUAUAUCACCAGAUGGCAGUAUUUUAUCAGUGAUUGGCUUCAUAGUUUAAAUGUGCUGUUAGUGAGUCAGUGGAUCCAUUUAUAUAAUGCAACAUUUUAUUGGAAAAAAAUGUUAAUAAUGGUAUUAUUUCCUUUUUACUGUCAUCAAGGUUGCAAAUGAUUUGACUCUUAGAAGUAUAUUUAAUAAACCAUUUAUUGUAGGUUUUUGUCACUAAAUAAGUAUAUUACUGUGAUCCAUUUGUUUAAUCACAAGUAUUAUGUUAGUAGUGUGUGUUUCAUAGUGAAAGUGCACAUUUAGACAUUUAGACACAAAAGACAUUUAGACACAAAAGACAUUCUAUAGGAGCUUCUGUCAACAUGUGUAUUUUACCUGUAGACAGACUGGCUUGAUGCUCUUUUGAUCACAAUAAACUCUAUCCUUUCUCUCA